AUGCUAAAAUUUUUUAAAAAUAUACCACCUUUAAAAAUUAGUUUGAUAAGAAAUAAGACAUUUAUUACAACACCAAUAUACUAUGCAAAUGCUUCUCCUCACAUUGGACAUAUUUAUUCUACAAUUAUUGCUGAUGCAACUUUACGUUAUGAUAAAUUUAAAAAUCCAUCAUCAAAUAUAAAUGAUUUUAUUUUAACAACAGGAACUGAUGAACAUGGGAUAAAAAUUCAAAAAGCUGCUAUUAUAAAAAAUAAAUCACCAAAAGAAUUUUGUGAUAAUGUUAGUACAAAUUUUAAAAAAAUUUUUGAUACUUUUAAUGUAAAAUAUACACAUUUUAUUAGGACAACAGAUGAAUCACAUAUAAAAUGUGUUCAAAAAAUGUGGGAAAUACUUUAUGACAAAGGGUAUAUUUAUAAAGAUACAUAUUCAGGAUAUUAUUCACAUAUUGAUGAAGCAUUUUAUACAAAAAAUGACAUUGAAGAAAUUAAAAAAAAUGAUAAUAUUAUUUUAAUUUCAAAAGAGACAAAAAAUGUAGUUCAAUAUUUAGAAGAAGAAAAUUAUAUGUUUAAGUUAAAGGAAUUCUCUCCAGAAAUAAAAAAAUGGAUAACAGAAAAUGAUGUUAUAAGACCAAAACAUUACAUUAACAAAAUUUUAAAUUAUUUAACAAAUAUUGAAGAUUUAUCUGUUUCAAGAGAAGCUAAAAGAAUAAGUUGGGGAAUUCCUGUUCCUAAUGAUAAUUCACAAACGAUUUAUGUAUGGUUAGAUGCUUUAGUAAAUUAUAUAUCAGUUGUUGGAUUACCAAAUGAUCAUCUAACUCAAUGGCCACCAUCAUGGCAAAUUAUUGGAAAAGAUAUACUGAAAUUUCAUACAAUUUAUUGGCCUGCAUUUCUUCUUGCAGCUGGUAUGGAUUUACCAAAAAAAAUUUUUAUCCAUGGUCAUUGGACUAUUGAUGAUGUUAAGAUGUCAAAAAGUUUAGUUGAUGGUUUAAGAUAUUUCCUCUUGAAGCAAGAUGUUAUUAGUUCUGAUAACAAUUUUUCAAACAUAAAAGCAAUCACUAUGGUUAAUUCUGAUUUAGUAAAUAAUAUAGGUAAUCUACUAAUGAGAUCCACAGUAGAUAUUUUAAAUUCUGAACAAGUAUAUUUCCCCCAAAAGUAUGAUAGUCUUGAUCCUAAAAUUUUAGAUGAAGCUAGUGAAUUAAUAAAAGAUUUAAAUGUAUUAUCACAAAAAGUUAAUGAACAUUUUGAAAAUCUUAUUUUUUAUAAAGGAAUCGAAGAGAUUGUAAAUGUUUGUGGAAAAGCAAAUGAAUUUUUUCACAAUAAAAAACCUUGGAAACAAUCUCCAGGUCUUGAAUUAAGUACAGUUUUAUACAUAAUAUAUGAAACAUUAAGAAUUACUGGAUUGUUAAUGCAACCUAUUACACCCAAUUAUUCCUCAACAUUGUUAAAUCAUUUAGGAAUUCCUGAAAAUAAGAGAACAUUUGAUAAUGUAAUUUUUCAGGUAGAUGAAUUAACCAGAACAUCAUUUAGUGAAACUCGACAACCAAUACUAAAGAGAAUUGUUACUCCAAAAAAAUAA